UUGGACUGUGGAGCCGCGUAACAAAUAAUUUUAUGUAAAUUACGAGUUUACUGUGCUUCGUUCUCUACUUUGUUUAAACAUGGAAUGAAAUAAUCGUUCUUAUUAAUAAAAGUGUAAUGUUACUUAUGAGAUUGAUUCAAUAGUCGUUAUUAGAUUUCGCUUUAUUCAUGGCUUCUACACCAAAACAAUCGAAUGGCAAUUUGCCAUCGAACAACGGUUCCGGUGUUAAGCGGAAAAAAUCGCGUGGAAGUAAAGGAAAUUAUCUCUCGAAAUGGUUGGAUAAAACAAUGCAUCACAUUCAAGAAUCUACUCCAAGCUCCGAAGUGUAUGAUGCUUAUGUUCAUUCCAACACGAAUUGGCCGACCGGUUCCCAGUUUGCUCCAGGUUACGAUCCGUACAAGUACAAUAUAUACGGAUGCGCUUCCGAACCGAUGUCACUUCCUUCAUUGCCGACGUAUUACAACCCAAUGAUACCACCUCCCUAUUCUGAAUAUCGAUAUAUACAAAAUGAGCAUAAAGGAAUUCAAGUCCAAAGACCAAGACAGCGACGUCGCAGUGAGAAUAAAGCUGAAGAGCUAUCUAGUACACCAGCUGAUGCGCCUAUGAACCAAACGAAAUAUUUGCAACCAAAGAAUUACUCAGAUAGUCAAGAUUUUGCUAGUCUCCCACCAAUAGUGACUUCAAUGGGUGACACGAAUUCAAACAGUGAUAUACAGACCAAUGAAAAAGAUGAUGCAAGUAAUGCAAGAAGAUUUAGUGACCCUUGUGUUAGAGGUUUGCCAGAUGUCACCAGGCCUAAUGGAGAGGUAGAUUCAGGCUCUGAAGCUAGUUCCGGUCUAUCAGGUAGUCAAGUUGGCAGCCGUUUAUUGUCAUGUCUCCUUGACCAAAUUUCAAACCUUAAAAUCAAUAAUGAACGAUUAAACAAAGAAUUGCAAGAGACAAGAGCUGAAUUAGAAAACGCGCGGCAUCAUAAUCCGUAUUUUCCAAAGGGACCGAAUAGUAUGGGAGCUCCGACUAAUCUCAAUGGAAAUGGCGGUCAAUACUCGCCGGGAUUCCUGACGGACUUGGUGCGCGAGAUACGAGACGCGUCGCGCAUGCGCGAGGAAGCGAUGUACGCGAGGCUGCGCACACUGGUACUCGAGAGGACCGACAGCGGCUUAUCUUCAGCGGAGUCGAAACUUGCGGAACGUACACUUGAAGAAAUCAAGAGCUCUCUGCGUGCUUCGGAGGCUGAUAAGCGACGCAUGAUGGAUCGAAUUUUGAAAAUGGAAGACGAAAUACGAGUACUGAGGCUAUCGAGCGGGUACGACCCUAACGACAAUCGUAUGAAUGGUAACGUGGAAGACGCAGACAGUGAACGACUGCGCUUGCGCAAGGAACUAACCGACAUGCGCAAAGCGAAGCAGAGCGCAGAGGAGCAUGCCCUUAAACUUGAACGUCUAGUAACGCAGCUACGUUCAAAAUUCAACGGCCUACAGAUAACGAACGGACCCGACUCGUUGCCGAGCGAUCACGAACACGAUACGCGCACGCGACGCACCAGCAACUCGACCAAUUCGACUAAUAAUAUGACCAACAGUUCAACCAACAACUUGCCCAAUCUAUCUAAUCUGUCCAACACUUCGGCCAAUUCGACGGUAGUCUUUGGACCUGUUACGGAUUUGUAGCGAAUGGAACUCGGGCAUGUAAUGUGCUACAUUGUCACGGACUUUUUCAAGUCGUUAAGACAUAGAAUGAGUAAAUAGUACUGAUUUUGAGCAAUAAUCGAGUGUUGAUUAGUAGUAGACGUGUGCUAAAUAUGACGAUUGCGAUGACGAUUCUUUAGUAAAACUGUGUUUAGUGUAUCGUGAAUCUCAAAAUUUGACGCAAAUAUCGAAUUAACUUUAAUCAUUGCAAAAUGUCAUGUAAUUUUUAAAAUCUCUUAAAGAUUUAGUCUCGAAAUUAAAUUUUCUAUAUAUAUUUCAUUUAACUCUCUGGCUUUGUUGACAACUAUGGCAUUAUGUACUUAACUAUUGCCAUCGUUAAAUUGGAGCGAAUUUUCGGCGUUGCUCAUUAUGUAUCUGUGAUUUUGUUUACUUGUAAUCAUUUAUUACUGAGCUCGAUGUAAAGCUUUACGUAAUUGUAAAUAUUCAUUUAACUACUUAUUACCAUUUGAAAUUAUAAUUUUAAAAAUAUCGUUGUUUAUUCGAACACCAUAAACUCUUUGCUUCGACAAAUUAUUUGGUGAACUCGACUGAUAUUCUUUGUUGACGAUGUGUCUGUGUGUGUAAAAUGGGAUAGUUUUCCCCCCACUGAGAUAUAAAUAAAAACUCUUUUAUCGCUGAUAACAAAUCAUGAUUGCAGAUCUAUUUAAAGUAAUAAAUAACAUGUAUGUAAAUUAAGCUAAAUAUUCAACUAGUUACGCUCCUGACGUUCGGGUUUUUGUCUUUCGUUAAGAUAGAAACAUAUUAAUUUUCUUUCCCUCAAUAUGUACAUUUUGAUUUAUCACUCAUGAAAGUGUUUGAAUUAUUUUGCUAAUUAACAAUUUGCUAUGUUUUCGUGCGCGUGUGUGAAUCUAUCUUUAUAUUUGUCUUGGUUGCCAUUGGCGUCGCUUCACCAGUUGAUUAUUUUAUACGUUUUAAGGUUUUAUUCACUUUUUUUUUUAAUUAAAUGCAAAAUUCGUUAGAUUCAUGUAAUUUAUCUUUUUAAUAACAAUUAAUUAACAGUGUUUAAAAAUAUAACAGUUUUGUUUGUAAUAGUAGUAGAAAUGUGCCAACAGAAGAAAUUUUUGUUCAUUUCUUUUUAUUUAAAUAUUAGUUAGAUUUUUUACUUUUUAAAAAGGUAUCUAUCUAUAUAAAAAUACAUCACUAAAAUUGUUUCAUAAGCGAAACGUCGUAACCGUUAAGCAAUAUAAAAUACCAUAAGCUUUUAUACGUUGCAAUAAAAUCAAUUAUUAUUAUAAUUGUCAGCUUAAGGUGCUAUAUCUACAAUUAAUAUAGAACUGCCUCAUUUCUAAUAUCGCUAUGUAAUAUAAGGUUCUUAAAAAACCUUAAGUUUUAAUUUCGUAUGUUUUUGCGUUAUGAACCUAUUUACUUGUCAAAUUGACAGCACGAUAGUGUAGGUAGGGCAGAAAACAAAAUAGCAUACGUAUAAAAUUUACGAAAGUCAUAACUGCGACACAUAUUUCACAGAUUACGUUAUGGACAAUUGUUUGUCUGUAUCUUACUUUUAUUCGCACGUGACAUUGGCGACAUAAUCUGUGCCCUCUUGGCACAAAUAAAAACCAUAAUAAAAAAA